AUGAAUCUCUCUACAAUACUUUCUCAUCGAAACAAUUGGCAAAAGCGACAGACAUUAAGACAAACUUGGAUUGAGACCAUCGAUGAGAUCAAUGCAAACGAUAGCUUCUUAUUGAAAGACAGCCAACAGUUUUGUCACAUUAGAGUCGAUACAAAGUUUAUUAUAGCAGACAAAGACUGUCCAUUUCCUAAGCAGUUCCGCACCACUCCUUAUGAUUGUCACCGGAAUGACAUCCGAUUCAAUGCAAGCAAUCCUCGCAUAUAUUUACAAGAAGUGGUCAAUGAAUCAAACGACAGGUCUGUAUACUCUGAGCCCAUAUACAGAGGAUUCAGUUUUGUGAUAAGACAUUCAGUGGUUGUGACACAACUGGCCAUUCACCACAACUUCUUGAGAGACAACCCAAACAUUACAAUUGCUUUACUGAACGCUCGCAACAAAGCUUACUAUGGAUUCACUGACUUUGAAUCCAUUUCUUACAAACCAGAGUUGUUGAUUGGGCCCACAUUUGCAUACGAGCCCACCGAGAAGAAUAUCUCGCAAGAGAUGGUUGACCACAAAGACAUACUUCUAAUUGAUUCGAUAGAUGUUUAUCGAAACUUAGCCGAAAAAGUUGUGCAAUCAAUGAAAUUAAGAGUUUGGCCUUUGGAUUAUUGGGGCAAAUGGGCUGAAAAUGAUUACGAAUCGCCUCUCUAUCCUACAUUCGCCUGCGGUUCGGGAUAUGUAUUGUCGGCUGAUUUAGUUCAAUGGAUUGCUUCCAAUGCCAACUAUUUGCACAGAUUUCAAGGAGAGGACGUCUCAAUGGGGAUCUGGUUGUCAGCCAUUAAACCAAACUAUAAAGAUGACAAACGAUGGAUUUGUAAUAACAGUGAUCUCAAUGACAAUCAAAAAAGGCUCGAAGAUGUGAGGGAAAGGGGUGUCAUAACCGCAGACGCGAUAGAUGGGUGCCUCCAGAUUCAAGAAGCACUCCUUCUGAAUGGUUGCGGCGAUCUCUGCGCCGAAGCCGCCAGUGAUGGGCGCCUCGACUGUCACCAGAUCUAUGAGUUCGCACGAGACGUUCAGCUGAUCGCUGGCCAUCUGACACACUUCGUGCAGAACAUGCACUUGAGUUCCCCAACCAAUUAG